UCGUUUUCCCGGAGAGGCGUUGGGAUUACGGCAGCCAGCGGUCCCCGAGGUGCCCCGGCCCGGCGCCCAUGGGGAAAGGCUGCUCCCCCCUUGUAAAAUGAAGGGAGCGGGAUCUCCGAGCGCGGGGCGGGAGCCGCUUUUACGCCUUUGGGAGUUGAGCAUGGAGGGCGGUAAAACAGCUACCUGAACGCGGAAAGCAAAAAAAGAAAACACCUCCCCCCCCCCCGCCCCAGACCCAACAACAAGUAGUUCUCGCCUGGCAGGGAAGCACGGAGAGAGGCUGGGAAUCGGCGUCCACCGCCACGCGCGACCGGAGCCCGCCUGGGAAGAGGAGCCGCCUUCUCUCCUGUGGCGAAGGCAGAAGCUCAUCCACCGCGGACCUGCCCGUGAUCGGCUGCCCGCACCCCCUCCACCUUGCCCAGCGACCGGUCCGUCCUACCCCCUUCCCCCCUCCCUCCCCCCCCCCCCCCCCCCCCAUCCUCGCUGCCGCCUCCCGCGCCCUCCCCAGUCUCUCCAGUCAUGUCCGACCCGGAGCGAUGGGGAAGCUCGAGGACAACGAGAGGGUGAUCCUCAACGUGGGGGGGACGCGGCACGAGACCUACCGCAGCACCCUGAAGACCCUGCCGGGGACCCGCCUGGCCCUGCUCGCCUGCGAGUCCCAGAGCGAGUCCCCGGGCGGCGAGGAGCCCCCCAACGCGCCGCCGCCGGCGGGCGGCUGCCCGGAGCCCGGCAGCGGCUGCAGCCCCCGGGGCAGCGGCGGCGCCAGCGAGUUUUUUUUCGACCGGCACCCGGGGGUCUUCGCCUAUGUGCUCAACUACUACCGCACCGGCAAGCUGCACUGCCCCGCCGACGUCUGCGGGCCGCUCUUCGAGGAGGAGCUGGCCUUCUGGGGCAUCGACGAGACCGACGUGGAGCCCUGCUGCUGGAUGACCUACCGCCAGCACCGCGACGCCGAGGAGGCCCUCGACAUCUUCGAGGCGCCCGACCUGCUGACGGGCGAGCCACCCCCGGACGGCGACGACGACGACCUGGCUGCCAAGAGGCUGGGCAUCGAGGACGUGGGGGCGACCGCCGAGGGCAAGGGCGGGCGCUGGCGGCGGCUGCAGCCCCGCGUCUGGGCGCUCUUCGAGGACCCCUACUCCUCGCGGGCUGCCAGGUUCAUCGCCUUUGCCUCUUUGUUCUUCAUCCUAGUUUCAAUCACAACCUUUUGCCUGGAAACGCAUGAGGCUUUCAAUACUAUUAUAAACAAAACAGAGCAGGUCGUCAAUGGGACAGAAACUGUGCUACAAUAUGAAAUUGAGACAGAUCCUGCCCUGACAUACGUGGAAGGAGUCUGUGUGGUAUGGUUUACAUUUGAAUUUUUAGUACGUGUUGUUUUUUCUCCCAAUAAACUUGAAUUCAUCAAAAACCUCUUGAAUAUCAUUGACUUUGUGGCCAUCCUGCCCUUUUACCUAGAAGUGGGCCUGAGCGGGCUCUCCUCCAAAGCUGCUAAGGACGUGCUUGGAUUCCUCAGGGUGGUAAGGUUUGUGAGGAUCCUGCGAAUCUUCAAGCUCACUCGGCACUUUGUGGGCCUCAGGGUGCUGGGCCACACUCUGCGAGCAAGCACCAACGAAUUUUUGCUGCUGAUAAUAUUCCUGGCACUUGGUGUCUUGAUAUUUGCCACCAUGAUCUACUACGCAGAGCGGGUGGGAGCCCAGCCUAAUGACCCGUCAGCAAGUGAGCACACACAGUUCAAAAAUAUCCCUAUCGGCUUCUGGUGGGCUGUAGUCACCAUGACCACCCUGGGAUAUGGGGAUAUGUAUCCACGGACUUGGUCAGGGAUGCUGGUGGGAGCCCUGUGUGCAUUGGCAGGGGUGCUCACCAUAGCCAUGCCCGUGCCUGUGAUAGUUAACAAUUUUGGGAUGUACUACUCCCUGGCCAUGGCAAAGCAGAAAUUGCCGAGGAAGCGGAAGAAGCAUAUCCCUCCUGCUCCUCAAGCCAGUUCACCCACCUUCUGCAAGACAGACUUGAACAUGGCUUGCAAUAGCACACAGGGUGACAUCUGCCUCGGCAAGGACAACCAGCUGAUGGAGCACAACAGAUCAUCAGUGUUAUCAGGUGAAGACAGUGCAGGAAGUGAGCAGCCACUCUCACCUGGUGAAAGGCUCCCUCCCAUCAGACGCUCUAGUACAAGAGACAAAAACAGAAGAGGGGGAACAUGUUUCCUACUGACAACAGGUGAUUACACGUGUGCUACUGAUGGAGGGAUCAGGAAAGGCUAUGAAAAAUCUCGAAGCUUAAACAACAUAGCUGGCUUGACAGGCAAUGCUCUGCGACUGUCUCCAGUAACAUCACCCUACAGCUCACCUUGUCCUCUAAGGCGCUCUCGGUCUCCCAUCCCUUCCAUCUUGUAAACCAGAUGGCAUCAAUCGACUACAUAGUAUUAAUUCAAAUACUGUUUACCACAUAUUGGAAAUAAAUGUAGCAUUAACCAUAGGCUCCACAAAUAUGGUAUAACUCCUGCAUGGUAUAACUGUCAGUAGUAAGAAAUACCACUUGGGUAGCUGAAGAUUUUUAUCUUGGCUUCUAAAGAUUACCUAAGGUAGCACUUCUCCUUUUAUCUACUAUAUUGUCCUACUUUACUGUGGCAAUAAAAGGACAGUUAGUGGAUGCCGUUGGCCAGUAUAUUCAAUAAAUAAGCAUAUUUUCAGGGAGAUUUACUUAAAAUAAUGUGCUUCCAACUAAUUAUCAGUCACUCCAUUGAACCUCCAUUUCUCGUGACUCUAAUCCAUUCUGAAGAUGUCUGGAAUCGUGUCGUGGUUGCACACAAUGUGACUUGGGUCUGCUCAUUUGCAUGGACCAUCCUGUCUCCAUCACCUGACAAGCAGUGUUGCUGAUCGCGGAGACCACAGAGGGCUCUGGAUGUGUGUUCUCUCAUUGUACCAUCCUGCUGAAAUGAAAGCACUGAUAAACUGGUCUGCAUGUGGGAUUGUUUUUCUUUGUUUAACCUUUUCUUUUAUUUUUUAACAAUCUAUUUGUUUAUAAAUGGCUUUAUUUUGUGAUUAACUUACUUUGGUACUGGAUUGCUGUAUCAGAGUUCUGAAUGUCUCCGGUUGUUUGCACACAGAUAACUGCAAAGAGGUUGUCAUUACUGGUUACACGCAAGCAGAAGCCAGAUCUCUUUCUUAAUGGCUUGGGGAAGGCACAAAACAUGCAAGAAAGGUAAACGCCAUCCAGACUUGCAAUUUUAAGCUAGCAAGUGCUGCUUGGUACUGUAGUCAUUUCUCUACUCCAGGGUUCUUCACCAUUUUCAGAGGCUGAGUACCAAGUAAAAUUGAGAAGAUUAUUGGGGGCUUUUUUGUACCACUGUGAGAGGGUAGUAGUUCUCAAAUUGGGUUUUUGACCAGCCUUAUACCUCUGGCUCAUGAGCUUCAAAAAUUUCUUCAGUCAAUGUUUUUUGAGGUGCUUUGUCCUAUAUGUUGUUUGUCUGUCUGUUUUGCAACCUGUCUACUGUAUUCUCCAUCUGUCUCCAUAAAGCACAGGGAUACUGUUAAAAUGCCCCCCUCUUUUAAGGUUAACUAAGGACAUUUUUCUCCUUUUCUCUUUUUUCAUAUGGACUAUACUUAUGUGUAUAGAUAUAAAUAUAUAUAUUUUUCAAGUGCAAGUUAGUAUUGUCUAGACUAACUCAUGUGAGCACUCUGAAGAUUUUUCAAGUGGGAUUUAGUAGCGGCUUUACCGUACUGACCGGUUGCCUAUUGCAUCAAUCUUCCUCCUAGCAACCAGCAUUCAUUACAGUUUUGAAACUGUAUCUCCUCCAGUGGCUUUUUCAUUCAAUAUUAACUUCUGUUUAUGCAAUAGGACAAAUGCAGUGGCAGAUUUAGUGUUCUGGGCUGGUGAGGAAAAAUCACCCUAAACUAGAGUUUUGGAACUACAUGGGGAAGACAAUAACAACUCAAAUCUUAAGAGAUCCUUGAGAUUGUUGAAUAAUCCCUGAUUGUCAUGUUUUAUUUUUUGUUAGGAAAAGAAAUACAACUUAUUGUUGACCAUGUAACAUGUUCUUCUGUAUAUAGCCUAGCCCAAUAGCAUGACCUGCAUGUCAGAAUUCUUGUACAAUAAUGUAUUUAUCAAAGUAUACAUUUCUGAUAUUUAGAGAUGUACAUUGAAUUAGAUUUGUUAAAAUAUUGUCAAUAGAGAGAUAACUGCAAACAGCUUUUAGCAAAGGAAUUAAUAUAAUAUCUGGUGCUGCUGUUAUAUUAACUACAGUGUUGUACAGAAUUUAUCAUGGAUUUUUGACUGCUGAAAAAGGGACAAUGGAAUUUAGCCAUACCAAGGACUGUACUGGAAAGAGACUGCUGCUGCUGAAUGGGCCCUG